UGAAUGUUUCAAACCAAAUACUGAAGGAGAGUGAAGAUAAAAGAAAAGAAUUUCUAAUGGAACUCGUAAGAGUAAGGGAGACUGUACAUCAUAGAGGAAGAUCACAGGACAGUUUAGAUCACGUGACGUGGCUCUGGAGACACCGGAGAGAGGCGAGACCUGACAUCGUGAGAUCCUGUAUAGGUCUACAUCCACACUGGGACAUUUACAUCAUCGACAACAAAGCUUACAGAAAACUAAGUAAAUAUCACAAAUACACACCGGAAGUCAGAAGUCUGUUGUACUGUACAUUGUUGGUUGAUGGAUAUACCUUGAAUACCAGGGAAGAUUCCUACAAGAACAUGCUUUUCAAGCUCAGGGUUAGAUACUUUAAAGAGGAAGAAAUUACAAAUGAAAUAAGUACAGCAGAUCUCCCUGAAGGAAUCAUGCAAGUAAAAGACAAUAAAAUUACCUUUAAAUCAGACGACAUCCGGCAUGACGUCAUGUACGCCUUUGUUACGGAAUGUCUGGUGGUGGACAGUGAUCUGGAGUUUUUCCUAAACACAGCAUCGGGUCACGUGAUUACAGAAUACUGUCGGUCCUGGAAUUAUGAGAAAAGUGAGGGAGAGAGAUGUCUGUAUGUACCAAAGAAUCCGGAGAUGUUGGAUCCCUUUAUAAAGAGACUACAACUUGACAUCAUCAAAUACUGCUAUAUAUCAGACAGAGAAAUUCGUGAAAAGAUCAGAAAUCAAUUGAAGAUUCCUCCAGAAAUACUAGAGUGGGACCAAGAGGCCAGAGAGCGGUAUGUGGAGUACGGUAAGAGAGGAACACAGACAGUCCACCACGCCCGGGGGAUGAUUGUAGGAUGUGCUGGGGCGGGGAAAACCACGCUACUUAAACGUCUACUUGGUUGUAGUGAAAAAGAGAUUAAAAAAGUUAAAUCUACUAAGGGAUUGGAGGUGCAUGAGGAAAUUUUUAAGAUUGACGAUGACACAAAGAGACUCAAAGGUAAAUAA